AUGCCAACUGUCGGUGUAAAGAGGGAUCUUCUCUUUAGAGCGUUGGGGAGAACCUAUACUGAUGAGGAGUUUGACGAACUAUGUUUUGAAUUUGGACUGGAACUGGAUGAAAUUACUUCAGAGAAGGAGAUAAUUAGCCGUGAGCAAGGUGAUGUCAAGGCAGCAGGAGCAUCAGACGUUGUCCUUUACAAGAUUGAUGUACCAGCAAACCGCUAUGACCUUCUGUGUUUGGAAGGUUUGGUGCGUGGACUGCAGGUCUUCAUGAAUAAGUUGGAGGCCCCUCGGUACAAACGUGUUAGCCCUAUUAGUGGGGAGCUUCAGAAGCUGAUUGUCACCAAGCAGACAGCAGCUGUGCGCCCCUUUGCUGUGGCAGCAAUUUUGAGAAACAUCACAUUCACACAGGAACGCUACGAUAGCUUCAUCGAGCUCCAGGAGAAACUCCAUCAAAACAUCUGCAGAAAGAGGAGCCUGGUGGCGAUAGGGACACAUGACCUGAACACCAUCUCAGGUCCUUUCACAUAUACUGCUAAACCACCAGGAGACAUCAUCUUCAAGCCCCUCAAUCAGACUAAAGAAUACACAGCUACCCAACUCAUGAGCCUCUACAAGACUGACAGCCACCUGAGACAUUACCUCCAUAUUAUUGAAGACAAGCCUUUGUACCCCAUAAUUUAUGAUAGCAAUGGUGUUGUCUUGUCUAUGCCUCCCAUCAUCAAUGGAGAUCACUCAAAAAUUACUCUGAUGACAAAAAAUGUCUUUGUUGAGUGCACAGCCACAGACCUGACCAAGGCAAAGGUUGUGUUGGACAUGAUGGUGACUAUGUUUAGUGAAUAUUGUUCACAGCCUUUCACUGUAGAAGAAGUCGAAGUGGUGAAUGCUGAUGGCACGACCUGCAAAUAUCCAGAAUUGGCUUACAGAAAGGAAAUCCUGUCCAGCAAGUUUGUCAAUCAAAAAGUUGGCAUAAAUGAAUCAACGGAGAAUAUCGCCCAGCUGCUAACUCGGAUGUGCCUGCGCUCUCAUGCUACGGGUGUUGGUGAUGAAAUAGAGGUUGAAAUCCCACCUACUCGCUCAGAUGUCAUCCAUGCCUGUGAUAUCAUGGAGGACGCAGCCAUGGCUUAUGGCUUCAAUAACAUCACUCGGACCACACCACAAACAUACACCAUAGCCAACCAGCUUCCACUGAAUAAACUGACGGAGCUCUUAAGACACGACCUCGCAGCUGCUGGUUUUACAGAAGCCCUGAACUUUGCUCUGUGCUCUAAAGAAGAUAUAGCAGACAAGCUUGGCAAAAAAAUCUCAGAAACCAGGGCUAUUCACAUCUCCAAUCCCAAGACUGCAGAGUUCCAGGUGGCGCGUACCACACUACUGCCAGGCCUGUUGAAAACAAUUGCAGCCAACAGGAAGAUGCCCUUGCCCCUCAAGCUCUUUGAGAUAUCUGACGUAGUGUUGAAGGAUGAAACCAAAGAUGUCGGGGCGAGAAACAGUCGACAUAUUUGUGCUGUGUACUAUAACAAGAGUCCAGGCUUUGAAGUGAUCCAUGGCCUGCUGGACCGUAUCAUGCAACUGUUGACAGUGAAACCUGCCCAGGAAGAGGGAUACCACAUCCAAGCGGCUGACGAUUGCACCUUUUUCCCCGGUCGCUGUGCGGAGAUCUUUGUCCAUGGGAAAAGCGUUGGCCGUCUGGGGGUACUCCACCCUCACGUCAUUAACAGCUUUGAGCUGACUAUGCCCUGCUCCGCCCUUGAGAUGAACAUCGAGACAUUCCUCGGGCACACAGCUGAAAUCCACCUCACGCAUGAGGUUCCCAUGCAGGAAGUCAUGAAACACAAGUUCCCCACUCAAGUUAUAUCGCCACAAGCUCCAACAUCCUCUAAAACUGUAUUUGGAGACUUGAGCACACCGGAGGCUCUCAAAGCCCUAAAUACUUUCCUGGCAGAUAAAAGCUACAUUGAAGGCUUUGUAGCAUCUCAGGCUGAUCUGACCAUCUUUGAUGUUAUAACUUCUCCUCCCUCAUCAACGUUGUGCCAUCUCCUGCGCUGGUAUAACCAUAUUAAAUCCUUCCAUGAGAAAAGAGCGGACCUUCCACUCGUCAACAAGCAGUUUUUGCUGCCAGAUACCCCUCCCACUUCAACCAACACGGACAGCUACGUUGACCUCUUUGGCUCAGAAGACGAGGGUGAUUGCGCAGAGGCAGUGAAAAUCAAAGAGCGUCAACUUGCCGAGUACGCAGCCAAGAAGGCCAAGAAGCCGGCCGUCAUUGCUAAAUCCUCGAUCCUUCUUGACGUCAAACCAUGGGAUGAUGAGACUGACAUGGCCAAGAUGGAGGAGUGUGUACGCGGCGUCUGCAUGGACGGACUGUUGUGGGGGCAUUCCAAACUGGUCCCAGUGGGUUACGGAAUCAAGAAGCUCCAAAUAGGUUGUGUGGUGGAGGAUGAUAAAGUGGGCACAGGUCUGUUGGAAGAAGCCAUUACCACCUUUGAGGAAUAUGUUCAGUCCGUGGAUGUGGCUGCUUUUAACAAGAUAUGA